AUGGUCGAAGUUCAGAACCGAUCGUCUGCGCGCGGCAGAGUCUCCGCCCGGGGUGGCCGUGGUGGCUUCAGCUCCAGAGGUGGCCGCGGUGGAAGCAGCAGAUCUGCGAAUGCCGACAACUCAGACGCCCCGUCAUUUGAGGAGGGCGAGAUUGGACAGAUGAAGAAGAAGUACUCGGACACUUUGCCCACUCUCAAAGAAUUGUUCUCCGAAUGGAAGGACGAGGACCUCAUUUUUGCCCUCGAGGACUCGAACGGUGAGCUCGAGGAAGCAAUUAUGCGCAUCUCUGAAGGUGAGUCUCGAACCUUUUCCGAAAACAUGAGGCUGUCCCAAGCCGAUGUGGAGGUCUUGACUGAUAUUUAUUAUUCCUGUUCAGGAAACGUGUCGCAAUGGGGAGAGGUCAAGAAGACCACAGACCGGACUCGGCCCAAGGCCAAGGAAGUCCAGAGCAUCCAGACCGAGCCGACUACAGUUUCUACUCGAGGAAGUAGCCGUGGUCGCGGCGCUUUUGAGGGCCGUGGACGUGCCCGUGGAGACCGAGGUCGUGGCGGCCGUGGUGGCCGGGCAGGCGCCCAAACCGCAAAUGGAACUCGGACGGCCAGUAGCGUUGCAGAGCCUGCAGCGACUAAUGCGGCGACAGAGCCUGUUACUACGAAGGUGGGAGGAGAAACCGAACAACCUGCGGCUGGGGAAACUACAGAAUCGGCCGAGGCGAAGACUAGCAUGAUUCCCGAGGGUACGAAGAAGGGUUGGGCAAGCCUCUUUGCCAAACCUGCACCCCCUCCGCCUCAAAAGAAGCCUCCGAUGGCAGCUCCUGCAGCUGCACCUGCCCCGGCACCCGAAAAGCCCGCCGAGCAGCCAGCAGUUGAGGAAAAGAAGGCUCCCGAACCCGCCCCCGUCCCCGCCGCUUCCCAGAAGACCCCUGUUGCGAAGCCCGUUCAACCCGCCGUUCCUGCAAUCCCUACAACAACCGUGAAGACCCCUGCCGGUGACUUGACGGAAACAAACCUCGAACGGAUCCCUGACGUCUCUGCCCCUGCCCCUACCGCGACUGCCGCUAGCACCGUCGGCAGCGCUCUUGACCCCGCCGCGGCAGCGAACGUCACUCCCUCUCGUGUUCCUCAGUCUGGUCUCCCCGGCAGUGCAUUGAAGCAGGGCCGCACUCCUGGCUUCCAGCGCCGUGUCAUGGAGCAGCAGCAAGCCGUGGUCAUGCCCGGCAACCACGCAGUCGACCGGGCUGCUGUGCAGUUCGGUAGCAUGGGUCUCAACGGAGAUGCCGUGGACAUUGAUGAGAACCGUGAAGAAGCCGAGACUCGUGCUCAACCUCCUCAGCACUCUCCUGUUGCCCCUCGCGCUUCCCUGCCUCCUCCCAGCCAGGCUCCUGCUGAGACCACCGCUGCUGCACGCCCCGCUCCUGGCCUUCCUCCAGUUCCCCAGGCCUCUGCUUCCGAGUCUUUUGGUGACUUUUCUCGCUUCACGGAUCCUUUCAGUCAGCCUCAACCCCAGAUCCAGGAGCCUUUCGCUAACCAGGCUCCCGCUCAGCCCGCUGCUGUGACCACUAGCGGCGACUACUCUUCCUUCUACGCCGCCGAUCAGCGGUUCCCUUACUACAACCAAUACGCUGGUUACGGUCAGACCCAGGAUGCUGGCGCUCGCGCUGCUGCUGGCUUCGGUGUCUCCGCUGCUGAAGCUCAGCCUCAAAUCCCCACCACUCAGCCUCCCGGCCGCUAUGGUCCUGUCGACGCCACCAACAGUGGCCACAACACUCCUAACCCGACCCUCCCUGCUGCUACCCAGACCCCGGCUGUUCAGCAGAUGCCUGGUCAGGCCGCUCAUGGCUACGGUUACAGCUAUCCCUACUACAACAACAACCCCCAUUACGCUUCGUACAUGAACCAGAUGAACCAGCACCAGCAAUACGGCCGGAACCGCCCGAUGUAUGAUGAUGCUCGUCGGUAUGAUGAACAGCACUACGGCAUGCCGCACAAUUCUCAGUACGGCUACGGCAGCCAGUAUGGCCCAUAUGGCGGCAAGGGAGGCAUGUAUGGCCAGCCCCACACUUUCUCCUACGACCACUCCUCCUCUCCUGCCAACGCCGGCAGCUUUAACCAGGGUAUGCCGGGUCGCGACUCCGUUUAUGGCCGUACCGGCUCUGCUCAGCCCUCCGACAACCAGCAAUCCGCUGCUGGCACCAAUGCCUUCGGCUCUGGCAUGUCCGAUGUCUUUGCGCAAUCCCAGACUGGAUUCGGUCGUAACCCCCCUGUCGCCCAGCAGCCGCCCCCCCUCCUCGCGCAAGCCAACCGACCCGGUUCCGCUACUAAUAGCGUGCCUGGACAGCCCCAAGCCCAGACCGGUCUCCCUCCGCUGCAGGGCCAGCAAGGCCAACAGGGCUUCGGUGCCUAUCCCAAUCUGAACCCGCAGUACGGUGGCCUGGGUGGUCUCGGUGGCCACCAAGCCGCUGCCUCGCAGACCCACCAAGCAACCGGCUACGGCAACUACGGAGCCGGCUUUGGUAACUACUACGGCAACACCGGCCGUGGUGGCUGGGGUGGUAACUACGGUCACUAA